GGUGUUGGCUUCAAACUGGGAUAGUCGUCAUCACGCAGACGAUUGACGUCAUCGCGCAGGGCGGGCGAGGUGGCGGCAGCAAUGGCGGAGCGACCAGUUCCAGUCGCUGAGAAGCGUCUCAUGGAUGUGAAGCUGGGCGAGCUCUCUCGCUGGGUCGUUGCUCGGGACUUCACGCCCAACGGCGUCCUGGCCGCUCUGAGACGAGGCCACAAUCGGUACUACAACAAGUACAUCAACGUGAAGCGAGGUGGCAUUGGUGGAGUUGCCAUGGUGCUGGCUGGUUACGUCCUCCUCAGCUACGUUUGGGGGUACGACCAUCUGAAGCAUGACCGCUGGAGAAAGUACCACUGAAUCGCUGGCGUUUUCCGGAUCAUUCCGCUCACUGUAUUUAUGGAGCUGUAAACAAACAAGAUGUAAUCAUGGGAAAUAUAACCAAGGACUGGUUUGAACGAACGAACGAAUAAAUGAACACAUUGUUGUCACAC